AUCGGCAUCUCGAGCUACCUAGGUCUAUCAGUAGUGAGUGCCGGAGGAAAAGCCAAUUGCGGGAUCGCAGUUGGAGAUAUUGAAUUCCAGCCUGUAUGUCCUUCAGAUCUAUACAUAUUCGGGCAUCAAUUCACGGGACCUCCCCUUGGAUUCAACACAUUGGACAUUCACCGUUCCUGCCGUCCCUGUCCCAAAAUCUGCAACUGCAGGUCUCGUUCACCACACUGGCGCUCCGCACAAAACAGAUAGCUCGUCACUUGUCGGGCUCGUCUUCUUCUCCCCACAAUAACUCGCCUUCUUUCAACAACAAUACCACAGAUCCUUCCUCCUCUCGUUCCCCUCAAUUAAGUCGACGACUUUCGACCAAAAUGGCUUCCGAGUACAAGACUCACAAGGUCGGAGCUCCUAACACUCUGGCACACCGUGUCUACAUUGAGAAGGAUGGAAAGAUUAUUUCCCCUUUCCAUGACAUCCCUCUUUAUGCGAACGAGCAACAGACCAUCUUGAACAUGGUUGUCGAAAUUCCUAGGUGGACCAAUGCCAAAAUGGAGAUCUCCAAGGAAGAAUUGCUCAACCCAAUCAAGCAAGAUGUUAAGAAGGGCAAGCUUCGUUUCGUUCGAAACUGCUUCCCACACAAGGGCUACCUCUGGAACUAUGGUGCCUUCCCCCAAACCUGGGAAGACCCCAAUGUUAUCCACCCCGAGACCAAGGCUAAGGGCGAUAACGACCCAUUGGAUGUCUGCGAGAUUGGCGAGUUGGUCGGAUAUCCAGGUCAGGUUAAGCAAGUCAAGAUUCUCGGUGUUAUGGCUUUGCUUGAUGAGGAGGAGACUGACUGGAAGGUCAUCGUUAUCGAUGUCAAUGACCCACUGGCACCCAAGCUCAACGAUGUUGAGGAUGUUGAGCGUCACCUCCCAGGUCUCUUGAGAGCUACAAACGAGUGGUUCAGAAUCUACAAAAUCCCAGAUGGAAAGCCUGAGAACCAGUUUGCUUUCACUGGCGAGUGCAAAAACAAGAAGUACGCCACCGAUGUCGUCCGUGAGUGUGCUGAAGCUUGGGAGAAGCUUAUCACUGGCAAGACGAACCCUGGUGAAGUUUCUGUUACCAACCUUACCGUUCAGAAGUCACCAAGCCGAGUUACUCCAGACCAACUUCCUCCCAUCCCUGCGAACGAGGACCUUAGGCCAGCCCCCAUUGAUCCUAGCAUCGAUAAGUGGUUCUUCAUCUCUGGCGCUGCUGCAUAAAUUCUUCGAACAUAGAGGCAUUUGUCCAAAAUCAUGGAUUUGAAAGCAUGGUUUGCUGGAAUGGUACAAAAGUAGCUACGAUUGACGCUUAGAUGGUUCUUGCGGUGAAAUUCAAUACAUAGUUUCAUGAACAUACUUCCCAGUGUGCAUUCAAUGGCUCUUCUGUAAACCUUCACUCUCCUCUUCUUGAUUGGAUGGUUUUGCUUGUACUUCGUAGUCGGAAAUGUUUUCGUAGGUGCUUGAGUCUGUUUCUGUACGUACCAACCAUUGUCCGAAA